UUCGUGUUUUUUUUCUAACCCCCCUUUUUUAAUUUGUGAUUAUUUCAUCCAGUAUUUUAGCUUAUAUAUAUAUUUUAUUUUUUCUUCUUUUUUUUCUUUGACACAAUUUUGCUCAAUGUAUUUAUCGUUGUUAUCCUGUAGCUUACAUCAGUAUACAAAAACACUCAUUAUCUACAAAAAAACAUUCGAGGAUGGAUGUGAGAUUAAAACACACCAAACACUGAGCGAUGAAUCCGAGGAUUUCAGAAUUAAAUCACUCGCAUGGGAAGUGAUUGAUACAGCUUGUCCUUGCUUUUGGGGUCCUCCUCGGCGCGUCACGGAAAAGAUGCGGUCAAUGACGCAAACCCCGCCCAGUGAAGGUGACGCUCGGCUCUGCGUUUUGAUUGGCGCUGGCUUGGCUCAGUCGCCGACCGUCUCCCUCCUCCACGCAGAGGAGGAGAAACUGAUGCUUCCCCGAUCGGCCAGCCACAGUGCGUGUGUGUACACGUUAGAGUAGGCAGGCUGCGUGGUUCAGGCUGUAAUUUGAACAUCUGUUCACUGGCUGUGUUCUCGCCCGUAGAGCGACUGCUUCUAUCUAUAACUCCAGCAGAGUAAUGGUAGCUGUAGCCUGCACUGGCCAGUCUGCAGCAAGAUGAGCUCAGAGGAGCGCAGCUCAGCCAUGUCACAGAAGAUCUCCUCCCUGUCACGCAGUAACAGCAGCUCCUCGUCCAAGCAUGACAGCCGACAGGACAGCUGGGAAAUAGUGGAAGGCCUGCGUGGAGGCUUCAGCAAUGUUUUGGAUCCCCCGAAACAGGAGGGCUACAUGCUGAAGAGGAGAAAAUGGCCCAUGAAGGGGUGGCAUAAGAGAUACUUUUUCCUGGACAAGGGUAUCCUAAAGUACGGCAAGUGCAGUGCUGAUAUUGAGAAAGGAAAACUGCACGGUUGCAUUGACGUGGGUCUCUCGGUUAUGGCCAUUAAGAAGAAAGCCAAGUGCAUUGAUCUUGAUGCCGAGGAAAACAUAUAUCACUUGAAGAUUAAGUCACAGGAGCUGUUUGAUGAAUGGGUAUCCAACCUGCGUCACCAUCGGCUGUAUCGUCAAAAUGAGAUUGCCAUGUACCCUCACGAGAAGUCCUUCUACUACCCGCACUACCCCUCCCCCAACUCCCCGAGCAUAGCUGAAGGUGCCUCUAUCAGAAAGUGUAUGCCCAUACGAAGACAGUCCACCGUGCAUGCUGCGGGAGUCUUUCCUUUAAACUCCAGCAGUCAGGUCAAAGUUGCCGCCUGGCUCCAGUCGUCUGACGACAUGGAUAAAUGUUCCAAAGACUUAUCCAUUUGUGAGGCCUACCUACUGGAGCUUAACCACCUGCUCCAGAGUAUGGAAGUACUUCACCGUACUUAUUCUGCUCCAUCUAUCCAAGCACUGCAGGCAUCUACAUUUGACAGCCCCAAAAAGGAAAAGAGACUUCCAAGGAAAUGGCGCACUAAAAACUACAAUAAAGACGUCAAAACAACUCUGCAGGUACCCAGCUGCAUUUCCUCUGGCUCAAUGCGCCUCCAUGCUUCUAACCCCAACCUCUCCACCGCUGCACUCGGCAUUGACAAAAUUGACCCUGAAUCCCUUGAUUCCGCUUUUGAUGUUGCCAAGCUGCAAGAAGAUUUCUGCCGUGUUGCCACCAACUUGCACACGACCAUGAAGUCAGCGCUGAGUUCGCUGACAUCUGAGAGGGAGCGAUUAAAACAAUGUCUGGAUCACGAAACAUGCCCCCCAACCUCGCCGCAAGUUGUCAAUUUGAAGAACACGCUGGCAGCGGCUUUAGCCCAGAACUCUGAGCUGAGAGAGCGCCUGUGCAAGAUUCAUGCCGAGUCCCACAUCGUAGAGCCCACACUAAUAAAUCUCACUGCCCCUGUGCAGAAACAGGACUCCGCGGAUGAAUCCCACCCUCUCGUGCACCAGAUAUCCAAUGAGAGCCGAGCUUCGAUUGCAGAGUCUUUGUCCGAGUUCUUUGACGCACAGGAAGUCCUGUUGUCUGCGAGUUCAUCUGAGAAUGAGGUAUCAGAGGAUGACUCAUACAUCAGUGACAUUAGUGACAACAUUUCCAUGGACAACUUUAGCAAUGAGACUGAAAGUGAAAGGCCAAACUCAGGCUCCGUGGAAGACGGCACUGUCCUUUAUCAGCGUAGAUCCUGUCUGCCGACGCCGAGCCCCAACAACAGCACCAUCAGCCUGUGGAACAUCCUGAGAAACAACAUAGGCAAAGACUUGUCCAAGGUGGCGAUGCCUGUCCAGCUUAAUGAGCCGCUCAACACGCUGCAGAGGCUGUGCGAGGAGCUGGAGUACAGCGAGCUGCUAGACAGGGCGGCUAACACACAGGACCCCUUUGAACGCAUGGUAUACAUCGCUACGUUUGUUGUAUCUGGCUACGCAUCCAGCUACUACAGGACUGGGGGGAAACCUUUCAACCCUGUUUUAGGAGAGACGUAUGAAUGUGACCGGCCAGAUAAAGGCUUUCGAUUCGUUGCGGAGCAGGUCAGCCAUCACCCACCUAUCUCGGCUUGUCAUGCAGAGUCUAAAAACUUCAUCUUCUGGCAAGACGUAAGGUGUAAGAACAAGUUCUGGGGAAAGUCGAUGGAGAUUGUUCCUGUGGGCACUACGCACGUUACUUUGCCAGGAUGUGGAGAUCACUAUGAGUGGAACAAGGUGACGUCCUGCAUCCACAACAUUCUCAGUGGACAGCGCUGGAUUGAACACUACGGGGAAAUCUCAAUCAGGAACUCCAGCAGUGAUGUUUGUCAGUGCAAGGUCACUUUUGUAAAGGCUAAAUACUGGAAUUCAAGCAUGAAUGAGGUGGAGGGGACGAUCACAGACAGCAAAGGAAAGGUCGUCCACAGGCUCUUUGGGAAGUGGCACGAAGCGGUCUUCUGCGGAGACCCGCCUUCAGCUACGUGCAUCUGGAGAGCAAAUGCGAUACCAGUAGACCACGAGCAGUACUACGGUUUCACCAAGUUUGCAGUUGAGCUGAACGAGUUGGACCCGUCCCUGAGAACGCUGCUACCGCCUACAGACACCAGGCUAAGAGUGGACCAAAGACUGCUGGAGGAGGGGAACUUGGAAGCAGCAGAGGAACAAAAACAGAGGAUUGAGCAGCUGCAGAGAGAGCGACGGAGAGUCCUGGAGGAGAACAACGAAACACAUCAACCUAAAUUCUUCAGGAAGUCCAAGGACGAUUCCUGGGUGAGCAACAACACAUACUGGGAGCUGAGGAAGGACCCCGGCUUCUCACACGUAGAUUUCCCGACACUGUGGUGACCUUUGAGCUGCAGAUCACACACAUUACAACCUGCACAGCCUCUACUGUGAUCCAGGCUGGUUCUGGUGACGUCCGUGUCAUAAGUCUUACCAUCCACAUUCAGCACUGGUUUUCUAUCUUGCGAUCCGUCAAAGUUAUUGCCUUAAUAGCAAGUGCUUAUUUAAGUUGUGUAGACAUGCUUAUGCGGCAUAUUAUAUGAUUGUUGGUCAAUUUAGGCACUUUUUGCCCACAUUUCCACCUGUUAUGUUGUACAAACUGAGAAAAGAAAACCAACUUGGCAUAAGGAAACCUUUUCAUGGUUUAUCUACACUAGCUUAACAUGUAAUGAACAAAUGGUCACUUUAGUUGUCAUCUUAUUGUGGACAUUCUCUACCUCCGAGAUAAACUAGCCUUGAAAUGCCAUUGAUUAAUUCUAAACAUCCAAAUAUUUAUUCUGCAUCUGCCUGAUGCCUUACUGGUAAUAUUUUUAAUUUAUUUUUGUUGCAUCUCCUGGAAGUUUUUAAAAAAAUAUAUCUAUAUUUUGUAGAACGAACAGGAAAUUAUUUAAAUGUUCUUUAAAUCUUAACUGAAGUGGGCUUAUCUUUCUGUCUUUUUGCUUCGACUGUGUGAACGAUUGUGCAGGUAUGGGCAGCAGUAGCAAAUAUCAAAUACAGCCAAUUUUUGUUUUUGUUGUUUUUUUUUUUCCACUUGAUCCAUUGCACCAUAGUCUUUCUGGACUCUUGGCUUUGGGACCAAAAACGUGUCCAAAAUUAUGCUCCAUGAGCUUGAAUAAAGUUUCUCAUUCUUU